AAAAACAAAAGUAACGUCACGCGAACGUGAAAAUAUGUUACUUUACCAUCUCGUCUUAGUGACUUGCUUAUCGCUGGUUUCGAGCGAGCUAUCGAAAUUGGACACAGUUUACGAGUGGAAUUACAUAGAUUUUGCCUGGGAUUCGCCGGCCGAAAGAGAAAAGGCGGUGAAAAAUGAAAGUUACGAUUUUACGCGCAUAUUACCCGUGGACGUCGACGUGUAUCGAGAUGGACGAGUAUUCGUUACGAUGAUCGGUAUGCAUGGGGUACCAGCUACUUUGGGUAUUGUGACCGAUGUCAAGGGUCCAUCCGGGCCGCUGAUAAAGCCUUACCCAGAUUGGUCCUGGUUCAAGGAGAAUAACUGUGAUUCUAUCAGAAAUGUGCACAGAAUAGCGAUAGAUAAGUGCGACCGAUUAUGGGUAUUAGAUACUGGUUCACGCGAGGUCGAUAAGUCCGACUGUCCAGCUCAGCUAUUGACAUUUGACCUUCGAAGUGAUAAAUUGAUCCAACGCUUAAAAAUACCUAAUCACAUAGCCAGAAAUAAGCAGGGAGAUACACUUUUGGUCACGCCGAUCGUCGAAACUAAUGGCGAAAAGUGCGAAGACACGAUCGUCUACAUGGCUGACCAGCUGGGCGAGGGUCUGGUCAUCUGGAACGGGGUGAGAAUCUAUCGGCUGGACAGUCCGAUAUUUCAGCACGAACCGAGCGCCCAGCGCAUCACAGUCGGCAACCACAGCAUCGAUUACUCCGGUGGCAUCGCCGCCAUGGCCAUUUCGCCGCGGCUCUUUCACGACGAGCCACGACUCCUCUACUUUCACGCUUUGGCCUCGUACACCAUCUACGCGACGAAUUCGCAGAUACUGAAGCGCAGCACCUUCGGCGACACCAUCAGAUUCACCGGAGCCGAGAAUAUACUGAGCAGCCAAGCCGUGGCUCAGGCGUUCUCGUCGAACGGCACCCUCUUCGUCGGCAUGACCCGAGAGAUGUCGAUAUGCUGCUGGAAUCGCUACAGAUCGCCCAAACUCAAGAAUAUAGUGCGUAAUGCAAUAACUAAAUGAGAUAAUUUUUUAUUCGGCCUAAAGUAACGGAUGUAAAUUUAUUUCGAAGCGAAACGAUAAUUUCUGUCUUCUUCGCACAUAUUUUUUUUCAAGGUCGCUCGUUAUGCAAAAGCCUCGAAACUAAGUCAAUUUCCGAUUUUUUUAUUUGUUUCUUCGCAUUUUAUUUUUAUUUUUUUGAAAUUCCAAACACACACUCGCUUGAAAUAACACUCGCGAAUCUCGACGGGGCGACAAUUUCAGCGAUAAUAUUUCUCUUGACAGAUAACCAUUGCGCAAGACAAUGAGACGCUACAGUACACGAGCGGCUUGAAAGUCAUACAGCCGAGCGAGCGAAACCCG